UCGGUAUUCAGGAAUGAUUCAAUAUAACUGCGGCUGGGCUAUUGGGAUUAUAUGGACAGUCAGAGAGACAAUACAAUACGAAGAUACGUGUCACAUACCAGGUAAGCAACAUUGUGAUCGUCAUAAUCAACAGCAGAACUCGGGCCAGAUGCGUCUCUAUUGAUACCCUUGCCCUUGUUUCGUUGUCGUACGUCCUGGACGCCCGACAUGGUCGGUGGUGGAUGGUGGUGGUAGGUUAUGAGAACAAUGUCGUGUAAGUUGAAACUUGAGAACCUCGCGUGUCAAUAAUGGGACGCCUUAGCGCCUAUGUGUCUAUCCUCCUUCUCCUGCUGCCGCGAUGUCGGAACUCACUUUCGAUACUCUUCUCGAGGAUGGAAACUACCAGGGGUCGGAACGCGCAAGACAGGAAAACAAGCUAUUGCUUGACGAGUUAGAGCGGAAGAAGAAGGCGAGAAGCCUGGCUGUGCCUACAGAUGACAAUAAAGUCAAAGCAAGACUUCGCGAGAUCGGCGAGCCUAUUACAUUAUUCGGUGAACGAGCUGCCGAUCGACGAGACCGUCUUAUUUAUGUCUUGUCACAAAUUACUGCUGCCCGGGGGGAAGAGGGCAUGCAAGUGGAGGAAGAAACUACAUCUGAAGAGAGUGAAGAAGAGGUCGAAGAGUUUUAUACCCCCGGAACGCUUGAGCUUCUGGAAACUCGGAGACGGAUAGCAGAAUUUUCUCUCCCCAGAGCUCAAAAUCGGGUCGCUCAGCAGCGCGCAGAUUCGAGGAUGCCUCUCGGCCGUAUCAUUGACAUCCGAAAGAAGAUCUUCGCUGAAGUAAAGAACUUUGCGAAUCUGGGUUCACAAAUUGGCGAUGAUCGACCAAUUUCACAAGUGCGGUUCUCGCCGAACAACAAGAUCUUGGCAACAGGAAGUUGGUCUGGUAACGUGAAGCUAUGGAACGUACCAUCGUGUACACCAAUACGAACGUUACGAGGUCAUAGCGAUCGUGUAGGAGGCGUAGCAUGGCAUCCCCAAGCAACUCGCUCGCUGAGCGAAGACGCCGUGAACCUGGUGAGCGGUGCGGGUGACUUGAACUUACACUUCUGGUCACUCAACAGUGAAACACCUCUAGCAACUCUGAGUGGCCAUCAGGACCGCGUAUGUCGCGUCGCUUUCCAUCCCUCAGGAGAUUAUGUGGCAAGUGCAAGUUUCGACACGACAUGGCGUUUAUGGGAUGUGGCAACAGCCAAAGAGCUACUACUUCAAGAGGGACACUCCAAAGAAGUCUAUUCAGUAGAGUUCCAGGAUGAUGGUGCGCUUGCUGCGUCAGGUGGACUCGACGCGAUCGGUCGUGUAUGGGACCUCCGAACAGGUCGUACAGCGAUGGUUCUUGACGGACACGUCCAAGCCAUCUUCGCCAUCAGCUUCUCACCAAACGGGUACCAGAUCGCCACAGGUUCCGGAGACGACACGAUUCGAAUAUGGGACAUGCGCUCACUGAAAGCGCUCUAUACCAUCCCGGCACAUUUGUCCAACGUCGCAGAUGUCCGAUUCUUCCGAGCAGAUGAGAUCCCACCUUUCCAAGUCGCACCUACCACACCGAAUGACAUCGUGAUGGACGGCGUUGAUGGACUUCCAGAUGCGACACCUACCCCUACAAAAACUAUAUCGGCAGAAGAGGAGUGGAAGUAUCGAUCUGGACUAUACCUAGCAAGUGCUGGUUACGACGGAUUUGUGAAGAUUUGGAGUGCAGAUGAUUGGCAGUUGUUGCGAACGCUGCCGACAGAUGGAGGAAAGGUGAUGUCCGUUGACCUCUCCAGCGACGCAAAGCUGCUCGCGUCUGGCACAUACAACAGGAAUUUCCAAAUGUUUGCACCGGAGGAGCUGCCCAUUUAGUUCUUCAUUGCGUCUGUGCGUGUAUGUGUCAGCCUCAACGGUGGAUUGAGUCGACGAGACGGAGUGCUAUUGUACAGUAUAUCUAUAGGAAUACUUAUCAUUGUUCAACUGCAAUCAUCAGGAAUAAAUGCCAUGAGUAGUUGUACAGUGCGUAAGAAAAGUAGAAGAUGCAACAUGAUGGGACCUGAGGAAAAAGGGAAACACCGACAGAGAAUAAAACUGCA